AUGGGUGAAAUCUUGGAGCAACACAGAUUCAAGGAUAAAUUUCAGAAAGCAGUCAGCCAUCAAUCUCAUUGUCAUUACUCUGUGAACAGAAGAAGCAUAACUAACAUAACCAGAUGGAACCCUCCCCAAAGAGGAUGGCUAAAAAUCAAUAUUGAUGCUUCUGUUCUUCCUGAUAGUAAUAUUGCUGGAAUUGCUCUAAUUAUUAGAGAUUUUGCAGGUCAAUUGGUGGAAGCAUGGACAAUGGUAGAAAGAGUGAGAGAUGUUUCCCAAACAGAAGCUGUUACAGCCUUAAAAGCUUUCCAAUGGAUAUAUCAGCUUCAACUGAAGAAUGUUAUAGUGGAAGGUGAUAAUAAAACAAUUAUGGACAGCAUAAAUGGUCUCUGCAAUAUCUCUCCUUGGGAAGAUGGUAAUAUUAUUAGAGAAUGUCAGCAUUUAGUUCUUUGUUUAGGAAGUGUUGUUGUUUUCUUUAGGACUAGAAAAUGUAAUCAACUGGUAGAUCUGUUGGCCAAAUUUGCUAGGAACAAUCUUUGUUGUAGGAAAUGGUGUGCUAAUCUUCCUAUUUGUGUCAGUUCUAAGAUGGAGGUAAAGAAAAUAUCAUGUACUAUGUAA